AUGAUCACCCACAUUUCUUCGUUAAAAUUGAGUUUUGAUUUUUGUGACUUGGAAGUAAUAGAUAUGAGUUCCAGUUUGGUUUCUCCUGAGUUUGGAACUACUUUCCUUUCAUGUAGCCAAAGAAUUAUACCUCCUAAAGUGGGAAUUUUGAGAUCCAAUCCAUCACAAAGCCUCAGAUUUCUUGAUUCUUCAAAGUAUAGUGGCAAGAAAUCGAGACAAUCAUUAGUAAUUAGAUGCAGUAAUAAUCCUCAAAAUGUUGAUUUGCCACGUUACUAUUCCAAAAAAGAAAAGAAGCCAUUUCCUGUACCAAUUGUGGAGCUCCGGCGAGCCGCCAGGCAGAGGAUGAAGAGCAGCAAAGGCCAACCUAAAAGAUCCGGCCCUCCGCCUCCUAAAAACGGGUUGCUUGUUCAAAGCAUGAUUCCUCUUGCAUAUGCAGUGUUGAAUGCAAGAACGUCAUUGAUUAACAAUCUCAAAAGGCUACUAAAAGUAGUCCCCGUACAAGCCUGCAAGUAUUGCAAUGAAAUACACGUUGGACCUAUAGGCCAUCCAUUUAGGUCAUGUCAAGGGCAAAAUUCGUCAAUUCGGAAGGGAAAACAUGAGUGGGUAGAUGCGGUUGUGGAGGACAUAAUCGUCCAAAUUGAAGCCUACCACCUCUACGAUCGUUUAGGAAAACGUAUCCCACAUGAAGAGAGAUUCUCAGUCCCUCGAAUCCCGGCUUUAAUCGAGCUAUGCAUUCAAGCAGGAGUCGAAUUACCAAAAUACCCCACAAAACGAAGAAGAAAACCCAUAAUCCGUAUCGGUAAAAGCGAAUUUGUCGAUGCCGACGAAAGCGAACUCCCGGAUCCAACCCCGGAAUCCCCAAUUCCGGAGUUAGUUACCGAAACACCCGAUUGGGAGAUUGUGGCACCGUGUAAUGAAGAGGAGAUAACUUUACUUGCAGAAGAGACACUCAAAAUGUGGGAGAAAAUGAGGGGAGGGGCGAAAAGGUUGAUGAAGAUGUAUCCGGUGAGAGUUUGUGGGUACUGCCCGGAGAUCCAUGUGGGUCCCACGGGUCAUAAAGCACAGAAUUGUGGGGCCUACAAGCAUCAGCAACGGAAUGGGCAACACGGGUGGCAGUCGGCGGUUCUUGAUGACUUGAUACCGCCACGAUACGUGUGGCAUGUCCCGAACAUGGCGGAACCCUUGUUGCAGAAGGAGCUGAGGAACUUCUACGGUCAGGCUCCGGCGGUGGUGGAGAUGUGUGUGCAGGGUGGUGCCGCCGUGCCGGAACAGUAUAAGGGGACAAUGAGAUUAGAUGUUGGAAUUCCUAGUAGUGUUAGAGAAGCGGAAAUGGUGGUUUGAAUUCCAUAUGUUCGGUUUUGAUUUGUAACGAUUAAUAUACAAACAUGUUAUUAGUUUGUGAGAAAAUGAGGUAAUAGUAAUUGUGAUAUUAAUAAUUACAGAAAAAUGAAAAAAGUGAUAAGUUUACAUCAGCAUAAUUAAUUAAAUAGAUAUCAUUAGAAAUGAUAACUUAUUUUGAUUUGUGCUUAUAUUAAAGACUUUAGGCCGAAUGGUAUAUGUUUCACGAAGGUAUUUCUGCCACACAAUAGAGAUUUGGAAAAGUAUUU